AUGAAAAUUUUGUUUACUGAUUAUUACUGUUUCAUCGUGGCAGGGCUGGAUGACUUAUGCGUCCGCUUCAUUAUCAACUUGCCCCGUGAGGAGCUCGAAUCUGUCGAACGAAUCUGCUUCCAGGUUGAAGAAGCGCAAUGGUUUUACGAAGAUUUCAUUCGCCCGCUCGAUCCCGGGCUGCCUUCACUCUCUCUGAAAGCUUUCGCACUCCGCAUUUUCCAACACUGCCCGCUCAUGUCGCAAUGGUCCCACUACCAUCACAUCACCGCAUUCUCAGAGUUUCUGGCCUACAAGACCCGUGUCCCUGUUCGAGGCGCAAUCUUGUUGAGCCAGGAAAUGGACGAGGUCGUGUUGGUGAAGGGUUGGAAGAAGGGGGCCAAUUGGAGCUUCCCGCGCGGCAAGAUCAAUAAAGGAGAGAAGGACCUGGAUUGCGCCAUACGCGAGGUUUACGAAGAGACAGGAUUUGAUGUGCGUGAGGCAAAUCUAGUACAAGAUGACGAUGCUGUCAAGCAUAUCGAAAUCUCUAUGCGCGAGCAGCACAUGAGGCUCUAUGUCUUUCGCGGUGUUCCCCGCGACACUUAUUUUGAACCUCGGACACGGAAGGAAAUCAGCAAAAUUGAAUGGUACAAGCUUUCGGACCUUCCCACACUCAAAAAGAAUAAGCAGGACGAGGGCCAGGCAUUAGCAAAUGCCAACAAGUUUUACAUGGUCGCACCUUUCUUACACCCACUAAAGAAAUGGAUCGCGCAGCAGAAGAGACUCGUUCCAAAGCCCCAGGGUAACGCAUUGGCCUCGCAGAUUGAAGGUUAUGUCUCAACGGACGAAAACGGGUUCCAAUCAAAUGGUGCAGGAACUCUAUCUACCAUUGCACAAGUUGUGCCAAGCGAUCUGCCUGAGGUGACCUCCGUACAAGACGUACAAGAUGCCUCAUCCCAUUUGAAAAAGAUGCUCAAUAUUGGCGAAGCUAUGCAGACUCGCAGUCCACCACUCAAUCAACCUACCCAGAGUGCUGUAGUAGACCAGUCGAAAUCGAAUGCUUUGCUUACACUGUUGCGACAGGGCUCGCAGAACUCUGUCCCUCAGGCCCAGAAUGUUCCUACACCCUCAGACACUCCCCAAACUGCACCUGCUAUGCCUCGACUAGACCAACCAGACCACCUUGCGCCAAAUUUCUUCCCUGGAUUUCCCCAGCAACAGCAGAGCUUGCCUCUGUCGAAUUUCAUGCAGCAAACAUCGCAGCAGCCUUACAGCAACGGACCGCAGCACUCAAACAUGCGUCCUUCUCCUCAACAUUCUUCGUUCUCUCCGAUGGCAAGUCAAUUAGAGCUUUCAGCGUCGCCUGCUAUGCAACGAGUUCAUCCAAUGCAAGCACAGACCUACCACCACAAUUAUCCUGCAUCCCACGCAAAUGGCCCGGUUCUUCAAAGACAAGGCCCAGCUCCUUUCCAGCAGACUGGUGACCCUCAUUUCUCUCAGCAGGCUCAGUCUCAAUCCAUGCAAGCUAUGGUGCCACCAGCGAGCAAAUUGCCUCCGCCAAAGCUUAACAGUCAUUCUCUUGCGUUACUGGGAGUUUUUAAGAAUGAAUCGUCCCAAGUACCAAAGAGUCCUCAAGUUUCUGUCAAUCUGGCAGCUCCAGCGCAGGCUCCCAAUCAAUUACGAAAGACAUCGCAGCAUCAAGAUAGUCUUCUGAAACUGUUCGGCGGAAAGCCACCUUUACACUCUCCUCAGCCUGUAGAGCUAUCUGGCCAUCCCGUUCCUCAGGCACCGGCUGCACCUGCAGAUGUUCAAAUUCUCCAGCGAGCCCCACAACAGGCCAAUUACCAGCCACAGCGUGUACCGAAUUCAGUCAAGCCUGGUCAAAUAUCGGGGACUGUACCCGGUCCCAUGAAUAUGCCACAGCUUGAGGCGAUUCCUAAGACAACGCCGAAGAAAGGACCGAAUAGCACCAACCGCAGGAACAACUCGUAUCGACGGGAUCACCAGCAGGCUCGACAAUUUUCAUCUCCUAUCACCAUAUUACCCCGUCCACAGCCAGCCAAAGAGGAUGCACCCUUGUCUGGACCUCGUGUUGAACAAACACAGCCUCAACAUCAGUCUUUUAUCACCCAACCACAAGCCCCUGAACCAGUGAAGCCUUUCCAGCCUCAGAUUUUACGGCGUCCUGAGAAGACAGAUUAUGAGAACCUGAUCACAGCUCCAGCAACGGAGAACAUUGGAAAUCCAGACACAUCUAUACAGACACAGGCAGCAGAGCUGGCUCCACAGAACAAUUUUGAUCGUCGACCCAGUCAGACACAUGCUCAAAAGGAGACUCUUUUGUCUCUAUUUGGUAAAUCAGCUCCGUCUCCUCCCCCCGCACCCGGUGCGCAACAGGACCAUCGGGCCACAGACACGAGUAACCCCUCGAUCGCAGCAACUGGUCUUGUUAGUCCUCUUUCGUCUCGUCAUGUUCCUAGCAGCGGGGAAUCUCUUUCACGUCGUGGCACCCCUUCAGAGAUUGACAUAGUUCCUAAUCGCAUUGCAUCACCAAAUAACAAGGCGUUUCUUCUCGGGUAUCUGCAGGGUGUUGCAAAGGGCAACAAAUGA